CAGAUAUGUGGUGGACUUUUUUUACUUGGCUCAUUCUCUCUGUUGAUUUAAUUCAGAUUUACUCUUCUGCAAAAUAUGAAACCCUGGCGACACCUUUCUGUCCGGAUAUUUUUCCUUCAAAAUCCGGAGCAUGUCCACAACUUCCGGUAUGGACGCCAUGUGACUGUCACCUUGGAAACAUCUGGUGCAAAAAAGAUAUUGAUUGCCCCGCAAGACAGAAAUGCUGCUCUUACGGCUGUGGGUGCCGAUCUAUGUGCAUUAUCCCUGACAAAAUUCCUAAACAGAUCAAAUAUCUUCCACUCCUUAUCUCCCCUUGUCAGCUACCAAAACUUCCAGGACCUUGUAUAGCCGCCAUUCCUCGCUGGUGGUACAGCGCAACUUCCGGUCGAUGUGAGGUCUUCCGGUAUGGCGGAUGUUGCGGGAAUGCCAAUAAUUUUCUUUCUCGAGAGGACUGCGAGAAGCAAUGUGUUUGACGACAUUUCUGAAUCGACACUGAGAAAAAAUUCUAAACAGAUAAUUUUGAUAAAUUUCACAUGAAAUAAAAUUUGGUAGACUUUCAUGAUUUUUUUUAUCGACAGUGUAAUCAUUUCAUUUUCUGUAUAUAUUAAUUUGUUUUAAAGAAAAGGUUGAGGCCUGUCGGCAUGUGUGAACUCUGUAAAAACUGCAACCAACCUAAAUAUAACGCAAUCAAAAAAUAAAUGAA